ACCACCUGAUUUCUUGCAGGCUUGAGAUUCAGAUCCUGCUGAACGAUGUUAAGCAGUCGAUUAACCACAUGCAGGGGACGCUGAACACCAUGCAGGGGCAGUGUAUUGAGUUGCAGACUGCCAUAUCUAAGGUAGUGUCAGAUGAGUCUCAGAUACAGAAGAAUAGGUCUAUGAUGGUAUGGUUAUAUGGAUUGAGAUGGUGAUUAUAAUAAUGAUGACUAGCGGUACCCCACCCUAUUGGCGGUAAAUCAUUGGAUCUGAUUAAUUCAAUUCAAUGCAAUUCAAUCUUUGAGGACUGCAACCAUAGAAAUACAAUUUCUUUACACUAAUAAUAAGCUAUUGUCAACUUCCCGUCUAUGGUUAUCUUGCUCAUUGCUCACUGUUACCCUAUGUGUGCAACUAUUAUUGAUUUAUCACAGAAAAAUAAUUUGGUUGCAAAUGUACCUAGUACCAGGUAAAUAAUUGUUAGGCUACUCAUUUUGAAUCCACCGGUGGCAACUUGCGUGACCAUAAAAGUCUGUGUGCGACUGGGCACAGUUAAAUAAUUUGCUUACUGACCUGCCCUACAUCAUAGAAGGCCCUUCAAGUCGGAACUAGGAAAUUCUGACAUUUCUGACUCGUUAUGGAAUGAUGAUUUCAAGUUUCCCACUUGUGAAGUAUCAGAAUCAACCAGUAGGAAGAUCUACGCUAAUAACUUACAUUCAUUUAACUCUGAGGUUCCAAGUUUCCGAUGGCAUGUGAUUGCCAUGGUAAUUUUGAAUGUUCAGUCAGUGAGCAUUAUGGGUAAUUAUCCUACAUACUUACAUCAAAUGCUGUAGUAACAGUGUCAUUCCAAACACAAUAAAUGUGAAAAUUAACAAAGAUACAAAAUAUUGCUAAAGUGAAGAAAAUCAAAUCAAAAUUGUAGGAGGAAAUGCCCCUGCAGCAGGGAGGCUUACGGUAUUAUAAUAUAUUGUAGAUAACAUUAAUAUAAUUUGUGUAUUUACAGUAUCAGCACACAUACAAAUGAAAGUAUAUGCUAUGGAUUGAUCUACACUGAGUGAACAAAACAUUAAGAACACCUUCCUAUUGAGUUGUCACCCCUUGGUGGUGGACCAUUCUUGAUACUCAGGGAAAACUGUUGAUCGUGAAAAACACAACAGCAUUGCAGUUCUUGACACAAACCGGUGCACCAGGCACCUACUACCAUACUCUGUUAAAAGGGACUUAAAUCUUUUGUCUUGCUUAUUCACCCUCUGAAUGACACUCAUACACAAUUCAUGUCUCAAUUGUCUAAAAAGCAUUAUGUAACCUGUCUCCUCACAUUCAUCUACACUGAGAAGAAGAUUUAACAAUUGAUAUCAAUAAGGGAUUAUAGCUUUCACCUGAUUAGUCCAUGUCACAGAAAGAGAAGGUGUUCUUAAUGUUUAACACACUCAGUGUAUGUGUAAUUAUUUUUUACCUUUAUUUACUUAGGCAAGUCAGUUAAGAACAAAUAUUUUUUUUCAAUGAAGGUCUAGGAACUGCCUUGUUAAGGGGCAGAACGAAAGAUUUGUAUCUUGUCAGCUCAGUGAUUUGAUUUUGCAACCUUUCGGUUAUUAGUCCAACACUCUAACCACUAGGCUACGCUGCCGACCCAAUGACGUUAUAGAUUCCAAGUGGUUGAUUUUUUAGGGAAUGACUAUAUGCUCUAUAUUAUACCUGCAGAUCAUCACAGCAGCCGAAGUUGCUGUGCAGAGGGAGGAGAUCGUCCGAGCAUCAGGCCUCAUCCCGUCACAUAGGGAGGGUAUCCUCCAAACAGCCAGUGUCCCUGCACAGAGGGAGGGGAUUCUCUCAGCAGCCAGCAUCAAUGCACAGAGGGAGGAGAUCCUCAUUUCGUCAGGCCUCAUCACUGCACAGAGGGAGGGGAUCCUCCAAACAGCCAGUGUCCCUGCACAGAGUGAGGGGGUCCUCCAAACAGCCAGUGUCCCUGCACAGAGUGAGGGGAUCCUCCAAACAGCCAGUGUCCCUGCACAGAGUGAGGAGAUCCUCCAAACAGCCAGUGUCCCUGCACAGAGUGAGGAGAUCCUCCAAACAGCCAGUGUCCCUGCACAGAGGGAGGGGAUUCUCUCAUCCGCCAGCAUCAAUGCACAGAGGGAGGAGAUCCUCAUUUCGUCAGGCCUCAUCACUGCACAGAGGGAGGGGAUCCUCCAAACAGCCAGUGUCCCUGCACAGAGGGAGGGGAUUCUCUCAGCCGCCAGCAUCAAUGCACAGAGGGAGGAGAUACUCCGAUCAUCAGGCCUCAUCCCUGCACGGAGGGAAGGGAUCCUCCAAACAGCCAGUGUCACUGCGCAGAGGGAGGGAAUCGUCCCAAUGGCCAGCGUCCCUGCGCACAGGGAGGGGAUUGUACCAAAGGCUAGUGUUCCUGCUGAGAGGGAGGAGAUCCUCCAAACAGCCAGUGUCCCUGCACAGAGGGAGGGGAUUCUCCAAACAUCAAGUGUCCCUGCACCAAGGGAGGAGAUUCACCAGUCAGCCAUUGUCCCUGCACAGAGGGAGGGGGUUCUCCGAGCAGCUAGCAUCACUGCGCAGAGGGAGGAGAUCUUCAGAGCAUCAGGCCUCAUCCCUGCACAUAGGAAGGGGCUCCUCCGAGCAUCAGGCCUCAUCCCUGCACAGAGGGAGGGGAUUCUUCCAGCAGCUUCUUCCAUCAGCUACUAUCAGAAGAAUAAGCUCCUCAGAGCAUCACAACUCACCCCUGCACAAAGGAAGUUGAGAUUCCUGAUAGCCAGUGUCACUGCGCAGAGGAAGGGAAUCUUCCCAAAGGCCAGCGUCCCUGCGCACAGGGAGUGGAUUGUCCCAAAGGCUAGUGUCCCUGCAGAGAGGGAGGAGAUCCUCCUCACAGCCAGUGCCCCUGUGAUGAAUGAAAACAAUCCUCCACAACCACCUCCCAUCAUCCCCAUGGUGGCACCACUGUGGAAAAUGAUUGGUGGAGCGUGUCCUCCACCUGUGGAUUUCUAUUCCAAGAGAAGAGAUGUCCGACUUAGAUAUGUUGAGCAUCCUGCUAUGAUGUCCAUCACCAAGCCGGAACACUCUGAUGCCAACCCUCAGUUCCAGACUGGCAGCCGGCCGGUGGCCGAGCCCGAGACCCCUGCUGUUCACAAUAACAGUGGAGGCUGGCUCAGCUGGGUCUUUGGGAGUGGAAGAGCUAAGAAGGAGGUUCAUCUACCUGAGGACAAAGACAGAUCUAUUGUCUGGGAUCCAACUCUGCACAGAUGGGUUAACAGAACUGAGCCCAAGGUUGAGAUACAUACUUAA